AUGGGUUCCAUGCCCUCCGACUCCGAGACGCUCUCUAUCUACGAGCCACCCGAUGACUUCUCCCGGGAAAUUGACGAACACAUCAAAAACUGCGCUUUAGCAGUGGAAUUAAGACAAAACCCGGACUUUAUCGAGUCAAGACCGCACCUCAAGAUCCCCGCAGAAGUUCGACAGCAUAACCUCACAGCGGGCACCUUGGCGGGCCCCGGCAUGAUCGUUGUCCCGCCGUACUAUUUCAACGAGAGGGAUGGGAAGAGCAUGGUUCAGAUAUUUUACGUUGGUCCCGACUGCUCAGGACAUCCGGGGAUUGUGCACGGUGGCUUCCUGGCCACCAUGCUGGACGAGGGACUGGCAAGAUGCGCAUUCCCUGCGAUGCCCAACAAAGUCGGCGUGACUGCGAACCUCCAGAUAAAUUAUCUCAAACCCACGAUGGCGGGGCAGUUCCUGGUUUUGAGAGCGACGACGACCAAAACCGAGGGCAGGAAGGCAUGGGCCGAGGGCUGGAUCGAGAGUCUGGAGGUUGCAGAGGGCGAGGAGCCACAGAAACUCGUGGAGGCGAGUGCUCUAUUUAUUGAGCCAAAGUAUGCCAACGUCUUGAAAUCGCUUUACCGAGUUUCAGAUUAG